UUCGGCCUCUUGACUUGUAAAUUUUCGACUUUAAUGUUUUUAUCGUUUUUUGUUGCCUAUGGACAAUUGUGCUUAAGUAAUUAGUGAUAAAGUGUCAUUAGCAUUUAGUUCCAAUCACUUGUUGGAAUCGACUGGUUGUGGUGACACAAACACAGCACGAAAGCAUUAAAUUUUGAAAGUUUUAUCGGUCGUUUUGUUUCGUAUACGCAAACGAGUGCAGUACAAUAAUUAACAAUGUCAAGUGAAAAUCUCCAAAUGCAUCAGAUCAAUUCCAGUGGCGACUCAAGCUUAGCUCAUAGUCAAAACAGCCAAAGCAGCGCGUCAAUGCAGAAAUCAGCGAACAUUCAAUUUGUCAGCGACCUUCCUAUCACCGAUCCAGGACAAUCGAGCAAGGAAAAGGACAAAGAUACAAAAAUCUCGAGUGCCCUUAAAAAGUCAAGUCGCUAUCGAAGUCGAAGCUUAUCAGCAUCAUCAACAGAUUCAUAUAGCUCUGCUUCUUACACGGGUAGUUCCAGUGAGGAUGAUGACGUGUCACCAAGAGAGAAAAUUCAAAGUAACACUAAAGGAUUUAAUGAUUUUUGUGUAAGAAAUAUUCACCAACAUGCAUUUGGUCGACGCGAAAUUGAAAUUGCGGAGCAAGAAAUGCCUGGCAUCAUGGCUCUACGUAAACGUGCUUCCGACGAUAAACCAUUAAAGAACGCCAAAAUCGUUGGCUGUACACAUAUCAACGCACAAACAGCGAUUUUAAUCGAAACGCUCGCCCACUUAGGUGCUUCAAUUCGAUGGGCUGCAUGUAACAUUUAUUCAACGCAAAAUGAAGUAGCAGCAGCUCUUGCUGAAUCAGGAUUUUCGAUUUUUGCGUGGCGUGGAGAAACAGAAGAAGAUUUCUGGUGGUGUAUUGAUAAAUGUGUAAAUGCUGAGAAUUGGCAACCAAAUAUGAUUCUUGAUGAUGGUGGCGAUGCAACACAUUUGAUGUUGAAGAAAUAUCCAGCAAUGUUUAAAAUGAUUAAAGGAAUUGUUGAAGAGAGUGUUACGGGAGUUCAUCGAUUGUAUCAGUUGUCGAAAAGUGGAAAACUUAGUGUUCCGGCAAUGAAUGUUCACGAUUCUGUUAUAAAAACAAAAUUCGAUAAUUUGUACAGCUGCAAAGAGUCCAUCAUUGACAGUCUGAAACGUUCCACUGACAUAAUGUUUGGAGGAAAGCAAGUGGCAUUAUGUGGAUAUGGAGAAGUAGGCAAAGGCUGUUCACAAGCACUUAAAGCACUCGGAUGUAUAGUUUAUGUCACCGAAAUCGAUCCGAUUUGUGCCCUUCAAGCGAGUGUCGAUGGCUUUCGUGUCGUAAAAUUGAAUGAAAUUGUUCGUAAUGUUGACAUCGUGAUUACAACAACUGGCAAUAAAAGUGUUGUGACACGAGAACAUAUGGAGAAGAUGAAGAAUGGAUGCAUAGUAUGCAAUAUGGGUCACUCGAAUACAGAAAUUGAUGUGAAAGAUCUACGCACACCUGACUUAACAUGGGAGAAGGUGCGAUCGCAAGUUGAUCAUAUUGUGUUUCCCGACGGAAAACGUAUAAUAUUGUUAGCUGAAGGACGUUUAGUUAAUUUAUCAUGUUCAAGUGUCCCGUCUUUCAUUGCCAGUAUAACUGCUGCCACGCAAGCUUUAGCCCUAAUUGAGCUUUAUAAUGCACAGCCAGGACGCUACAAGUGUGACGUGUAUUUGCUAUCAAGGAAAAUGGAUGAAUACGUCGCGAUUCUUCACUUGCCAACCUUUGAUGCGCAUUUAACGGAACUCUCCGAUGAACAAGCAAAAUACAUGGGACUUAGUAAAGCUGGUCCAUUUAAACCCAACUACUAUCGUUACUGAAAGCUUUCGUCUUCUUUCCUUGUCAACAAUCAAAAAAGUUCAAGUUUUCUUCGCAGCGAUUUAAUGAACUUUUAAUUUAAGUUUUAACUUUUUGACCUUUUGCAUGUUCUUAACAUUUUCCUUGACGAUAUCUUUAUUUUUGCAAAACAAAAAGAAAAUAAGUGAAAGGAAAGUGAAUUUUAUGAAUUAAAAGAGGAGAAUGUAAAGUAGGUAAUUGAGAAAAACUCAAUGAAUCAAAUACAACACUACAAUAGAUUUGUGAGAUGCGGUAUUUAUUAAUGUCAAUUUAAACACAAAGAAUGCUACUAACUAUUGAUGAUAAUAGAUGAACAAGGUGAAUAAAUUAAUAAAAAUCGAAUUUAAUUAAGUUUUCUUCUUCUUUUUCAAUGUUAUCUUCUUACAACUUAAUGUGACUUUAACAAUCAUACAAUGUUAAGAAUUGAAAAUAUGUUGUUAACUAUUUAUUUACUACUUACAGUCACGCGACGUCGCCUAAAUAUUUAGAUGGCCAGAUAAACUUGAUAUAACUGUCGCAACUUUAUUUGUGCAAUCAAUCACGUCGAAAAGUUGUAGAUAUAAAUUAUCAUAUUAAUAACCCUGAUUACCAGUGUAAACAAUUUUUUUUAAGUUUUUAACUUUUAACACAUACUCAAGUAUAAUAUUUUUAUUGAAAUUUUAAUGUCGAUUGAAUGAAGAGUUCGUAAUAAAAGAUUCUACGAGAGCUCAAAUGUUAAAUAUUCAAAGCUUCGAAAGCUUUCAGAAAAAGCUUUUAAAUUUGAAAAA